AUGGCUUCACAAAACCAGCAAACAGCCUCCGGGGCGGUCGCUGGUAAACUCUGGGGCGGCAGGUUCACAGGCGCCACCGACCCAUUGAUGGUCGCGUACAACGAGUCCAUAUACUUCGACCGCGCUUUCUACGCUCAGGAUAUUGCCGGCUCCAUUGCCUUCGCGCGAGCAAAUGUCACAACCGGGAUCCUUACCAAGGAUGAGUUCGGCACCAUUGAGACCGGACUGAGGAAAGUGUUGGAGGAAUGGCGGACGGGAGUCUUUAAGAUCGUCCCCGGCAUCGAUGAGGAUAUCCAUACCGCGAACGAGCGCAGAUUGGGGGAAAUCAUUGGCAAGGACAUUGCUGGAAAGCUUCAUACUGGUCGCAGUCGAAAUGACCAGGUCGCGACGGAUUUGCGACUGUGGCUUCGGGAUGAGCUACGCGUGAUCGAAACGUACCUUGUCGAUCUAUUAACGGCCAUUGCGGAUCGGGCGGAGAAUGAUAUCGACUAUGUCAUCCCCGGAUACACCCACUUACAGCGUGGACAGCCAGUUCGAUGGAGCCACUGGAUGCUCAGUUACGGCAGCUUUUUCAUGAACGACCUGGAGCGUCUGCGCGAGGUUAUAAAACACGUUAACCGCAGUCCUCUUGGCUGCGGAGCCUUGUCGGGAAAUGCGUUUGGAAUUGACCGAGAAGCCAUGGCGAAAGAAUUGGGCUUUGACGGCCUGAUCCCCAAUAGCAUGUCCGCGGUUGGAGACCGGGACUUCAUUCUAGAAACAAUGCAAUGGGGCUCAUCAUUGAUGUUGCAUAUCUCCCGCUGGAGCGAGGAUCUUAUUGUUUACGGUACGACUGAAUUUGGAUUCGUCCGCUUGUCGGACGCCUACACCACGGGAAGCUCGUUGAUGCCCCAGAAAAAGAAUAGUGACUCCCUCGAGCUCCUACGAGGCAAGUGUGGGAGAAUAUUUGGUGGUAUGGCCGGUCUCAUGAUGACCAUCAAGGGCAUUCCGUCAACAUACAACAAGGACCUCCAGGAGAGCGUGGAGCCGCUCCUCGAACACAUCAAGACGCUGAAGGAUAGUUUGCUCAUCGCAACCCGCGUGCUAUCCACCCUAACCGUCUUCCCAGAUAAAAUGCGCGAGGCCCUAACCCCGGACAUGCUGGCUACUGAUCUGGCGGAAUAUCUCGUUCGGAAAGGCCUCCCCUUUCGCGAAACGCACCACAUCGCCGGCCGCGUCGUGGCUCUUGCAGAAAACCAAGGGAUCCCCAUGGACAAAUUGACCCUGGCGCAGCUGCAAAGCGUCGACAACCGGUUUGGCGACGACGUGCUGGAGGUUUUUGAUUACGAGCGGUCUGUGGAGAUGAAGGCGGCAAUUGGGGGCACGAGCAGGUCCGCUGUUCUGGAGCAGAUUGCGACGCUGCGGAAGGCACUCGGAUGA